AGGUUUUUACAAUGACUAGUACAAAUAAUACAGCUAGUUACACCAACGAAUAUGGAUAUUUCAAUCUUAAACCAGAUGCAAGGACUGCCAAUUGGUUUUUAGUAUCGAAUCCACUUUAUACAUUAGGAAUAUGUCUUUCAUAUGUAUAUAUAGUAAAGCUCCUAGGGCCGAAGCUGAUGGAAAAUAGGAAACCAUUUCAACUUAAAAAUGCCUUAGUUUAUUACAAUUUAUUUCAAGUUUUAUUUAGUACGUGGCUAUUUUAUGAAAUUGGUAUGGGUGGAUGGUUCACAGGAGAUUAUAGUUAUUAUGUGUGCAAACCAGUCGAUUAUUAUAAUCCUAUACAAUUAAGGAUGGUACACGCGUCGUGGUGGUACUUUUUUUCGAAGUUUGUACCGAAUUUUUUGAAUACGAUAUUUUUCGUAUUAAGGAAAAAGUUCGACCACAUUAAUACAUUACACGUCAUUCACCAUGGAAUUAUGCCAAUGUCAGUAUGGUUUGGAGUGAAAUAUUGCCCAGGUAACUAUACUUAUAUCACUAGAUGAA